CACAGCCCUGCAAUGGCCCGUAGGCUCCUGGCUGCAACCUGGGGGUUGUUCCCCUGGAGGGGCUACUGUUCCAGGGGAACACAGGACAAACUUAGCGUGGGGUUUGUGGAGGCCCUGAAGGUGAUAGUGGGGAGCCCCCAUGUGUCCACUGCAGCCGCGGUCCGGGAACAGCAUGGCCAUGAUGAGUCGAUGCACAGGUGCCGACCUCCAGACGCUGUGGUGUGGCCCCAGAAUGUGGAGCAGGUCAGCCGGCUGGCGGCCCUGUGCUAUGGCCAAGGAGUGCCCAUCAUCCCGUUCGGCACUGGCACGGGGCUGGAGGGUGGAGUCUGUGCUGUGCAGGGCGGUGUCUGCAUUAACCUGACCCACAUGGAUCGAAUCCUGGAGCUGAAUCCAGAAGACUUCUCUGUGGUGGUGGAGCCUGGGGUCACCCGCAAAGCCCUCAACCGCCAUCUCCGGGACAGUGGCCUCUGGUUUCCUGUGGAUCCGGGUGCAGACGCCUCUCUGUGUGGCAUGGCAGCUACAGGGGCCUCGGGCACCAAUGCCGUGCGCUAUGGCACCAUGCGGGAUAACGUCCUCAACCUGGAGGUGGUGCUGCCCGACGGGCGGCUGCUGCACACCGCGGGCUGCGGCCGGCACUUCCGGAAGAGUGCAGCUGGCUACAACCUCACGGGGCUCUUUGUGGGCUCUGAGGGGACGCUGGGCCUCAUCACAUCCGCCACCCUGCGCCUGCACCCUGCCCCUGAGGCCACGGUGGCCGCCACCUGCGCGUUCCCCACCAUCCAGGCUGCCGUGGACAGCACCGUCCACAUCCUCCAGGCUGCAGUGCCCGUGGCCCGCAUCGAAUUCCUGGAUGACGUCGUGAUGGAUGCCUGCAAUAGACACAGCAAGAUGGACUGCCCCGUGGCGCCCUCGCUGUUCCUGGAGUUCCAUGGCUCGGCGCAGGCACUCGCAGAGCAGCUGCAGAGGGCAGAGGAGAUCGCCCAGUACCACGGAGCCUCCCACUUCUCCUGGGCCAAGGAGGCUGAAGAGCGUAGCCGGCUCUGGGCAGCACGGCACAACGCCUGGUAUGCCAUCAUGGCCCUGCGGCCAGGCUGCAAGGGCUAUUCCACCGAUGUGUGUGUGCCCAUCUCCCGGCUGCCGGAGAUCCUGGUGCAGACCAAGGAGGACCUGCAGGCCUCAGGACUCACAGGGGCCAUUCUGGGGCACGUGGGUGACGGCAACUUUCACUGCAUCCUGCUGGUGGACCCGGAGGAUGCCGAGGAGGUCGGCAGGCUGGAGGCCUUUGCGGAGCAGCUGGGCAGGCGGGCGCUGGCACUCCACGGGACGUGCACUGGGGAACACGGCAUCGGACUGGGCAAGCGGCAGCUGCUGCAGGAGGAGGUGGGCGCCGUGGCCAUGGAGAUCAUGCGGCAGCUCAAGGCUGGCCUGGACCCCCGCGGCCUCAUGAACCCAGGCAAGGGCCUGAACUGGGCCUUAGAACAAGCUGAAUGCGUCCUUCAAGUGGCUGCCACCCAUCGUGGGAUGUGAAAUUAACCUCCUUUGUCACACCUAUCCAUAGAGUGCCAUUUUGUGCCACCAGCUCUCAAAGCCAAGGUCUGUCACUCUGGGGCCCGCCUUUGUCCUGGGAUCCCUGGCCAGAGCCACUGUCUGGGACACUUGCCAGUUAUUCCCGCUAAGUCCGCAAGAGGGCACUUGACACCAUAAAGCUCAAAACCACAGCCUCUGCUCCAGGCAGCUGUCCCCAGACUCACCUCUGUCCAGGGCCUGUAGCUCUCAGUCCUGCCACCAGCCACCAGGGUAAGAGAGGCCUGGCUGCCACCCUUAAGUUCUUCAUCCCCUGUAGGUCCUAGGAGCCCAUGGUGCUGUCCUACUCCCCUUUCCCCUAAUCUCCCUGGAGCUUUGCCCCCCUUAAUACAGGGCCCAGGCAAAGGAUUCAGGGAGCCAGGCCGGGCCUGUGGGUCUAUCCUGCCUCUGCGACCUUGGCCCCUGGCCCUGGGUAGAGGCAGCCACGCGGCGCCUCCUUAGUCCAGCCUAACCGAAGGCUCUAGCAGACAGCAGGGACCCUAAAUCCAGGGCACACUUCCCUGUGACAUUUGUCCCACAGCUGCCCUGGCUGGGAGCGGAGGCAAUGCCAAGGGUGGUUGGAUGGCAAGUCUCCUGAGUCCUCUCAACCGCGGCCGGGCCCGGGUCCCAGGCUCCUCCCUUCCUGGCCUGCUGGCACCCCGAGGGCAUCUACAGCAGCUGGUCUCUCCCCCGGGGCAGGGCUCUUCUGUGAUGUGCCCUCCAGUGCCUGGCAACUAGUAGGUGCUCAGCAAUGGCCAUUUGCCCACAAUUUUUUUAUUAAGAAAAAUGCCAAACAUACAGAAAAGCUGAAGUACAAGCACACCAUUCACUGAAAUACCAGCCACUGGAGUCAAUGAACAUUUUGCCUUAUUUGGUGUAUUUGGAGGGGACUCAUUUGGAAUUGUAUUACACAGUUCUUGAAAUCAUUCACCUCUGUAAUUCAGCAUUUAUUCCUAAGAAUGACUCCCUCCUGCAAACCUCCACCACAUGGCUAACAGAUGGUCUUAGUGAGGGGCUCCUGUCCAGGAACCCCACGAAAGCACGCUGGCCUUUAGUAGAGACGGGUAGAACCCAACUCCUAGCUCUGCCCAGUUCUCUCCACUCCCAGACGGGCAGAGCAGGACACACAGGGUUCUGGGGAGCUGAGCAUGCACUCGACAUGCAGACCUGGGAAGUCCAGGCAAGCCUGUACCCACCCCCACACCAGGAGCUGACAACCUGGGUCUGAACUCAGAGGUCACAGCAGCCAGCAGAGGACUGGGUGCACCGCGAGGGAGUAGAAGUCACGGGUGGGAUGCACCAGCCCCAGGGGCCUGGCACAGCACCCAGCGGGGCUUGGUCGGCCCUGCGAAGCAACCAGGUGAACACGCAAAGCCUCCGUCUGCAGGUCCAGGGGUCAGGCGAGGAGAUCUCCUGCGGGGCUGGGCUCUGCCCCACCAGCUCUGCUGGAGAAAUUAAAUAUAGAACAGGGAGACACAGUUGCCAGGCAGAAGCAGGAGGUGCUGUGAACAGAGCUGUGCCCUCUGCAGUGACAGUCACAGGGAGCCUGCUGGGUCUGUGCCAGGGCCUUCAGGGACGAGGCCCUGACCCUCACGGUGACCUCUGAGCGGGUGAUCCUAUCUUCACUUCACAUGCCAGGAACCUGAAGUUAUGAUGAAUGAAGUGGUUUUCCCAAGAUCAUUCUGCCAAGCAGAGGACCCCAAAUGCGGUUGAGACCCCGUGUCCGCUCUCCACUCCAGGCAGGUCCGGUGCAGAAGCCCAGGUUCAGAACCACGGAACUCCUUCAGUGUGUCUCCGGGCGCACUGGGCACGCCAGUCUGCUUUGGCUCAUGGGUGCUCACUGGUCUGCAACGAGCACCCAUGCACGGAGUCGGAUGAUCUGAUGGCGGUGGGUGACUGCAGUCAGGGCAUCCAGACUGAGGCCUGGUGGGGUAGGAGUCCAGACGGCAGCACAAGUGCCGGACCGGGAAGGUGAGCAGACGUCUCCCUCCCGAGCUCGCCUCUGCCAGCUCUGCAGGAGGCUCUGGAAUGCCGCCUGGGGAACCUGGCUGGCACCUGGACAGGCCAGGCGGCCGUGUGCACUGCUGCCCCUGGCCCAAGCUUCCUGCCCAGCCCGAAACCUGCCAACUCUUUGUGAGCCUUAGUGGCUGCUUCUGGUUCAAGGGCUCUGAGCUGGCUCAGCCCCAAACCAGGGCCUCUUCCUGGCCUUGAUGAAACACGCCCAUGAGUCAGCACCGAGAUGCAAACUGAGCAACAGGCAGAGCUGGCGCGGGGGACUGGGGACAUGGGGCGUGGGAUGGGGACAGGCAGAGGUUGAGGGAGGAGGCUGGGCCCAUGCCUGGAAGAACCCACAUCCCUGUGGCUCCUCCGGUAGCUGCAAGAUCUUUGCCCUUGGAGGUAUUUCCGGAAGAGUUCUGUCACAACACUCCACAGAAGAUGGCAGGUUGACUCCAGAGUGCUUAAGAGGGUUAGUAAACUUGUAGGACGCACACCUGAUUGGCCACAUCCCUCCUCCCAAGUAUGAUGGUCUGAGAACCACUUUGCACACUGGGAGCCCCAAGUAGUAGCCUGCUGGAAUGCUGAGGAGGUAGGUGAGAGGCGGGGGUAGGCCUCUGCCCCGCUGCUUGCCUGUAUAUCAAUACUUCAUUAAAAUAAAAUCACACAGUGCAUCUUUUAUUAGACAUGAUUUUAAUACCAUAUCAAAACACCUUGACUAAUGAAGAAAGCUUUUCUCCCAAGCUUUGAACAUUGUUUUAAACAUUUUAUAAGUUUUUUUUUUUAAUUUUAAUAUAUAAAUACAGAAACCUAUCUUGCACGGGCUGAUGCCACGUGUGAACAUCAAUGGCUAAAAUGUUCUCAAACAGUGCCUGAAAACGGGGAUCUGUACAGAUUUCUUUAGUAAGUCUUGGUUUGAGUUUUCUGGGAAAAGGAUAUCCACAAGGGCCUAAGAAAAAUGUUGAGGCAUUUUUGCAGGACACUUGUGACUGUGAAAUCCUCUGAACUGACCAGACCAGGAGGGGAGGAGAAGAACGAGUGGAGGUGGGGAGGAAGUCCUCCACGGGUUGUUUUUUGGCAAUGAAAUCAAAACAGGAUUCCCCAGGGGAGAAAAGUGCAAAACCAGGCCAGGAAAAUGGAAAAGCCCUCAGGUGGAGAGGUGGGUGAGGGAGAGGG